AUGUCCGAAUCCAAGUGGACAUUUUCACAAGAUUUUUACGCCGAAUUUCACGCCAAGGCAGCGGAUAUCACUUUGCGUCUUGAUGACCUUAAGCGUGGCAGCCCCACCCCCGAUGCGGUUCAGGCUGUUGCAGUUGACGUAUCACGGUUAGCAAAGAGUCUAGUUGAGGCGACUGGCGGUCUACCCAGUUAUGAUCAGAGGCAAUGCGAGAUGCAUAUCAAAUCACUCGAAAUGGCUGUGGAAGUUCUGCGGGGAGCUUCUUGCGCUGUACCAAAGUUCUCUUUCAAAAAGAAGGCUGCGAAGGCGAAAAUGGACGUCCCAGCCAUACACGCUGUACCCAUACCCCAGAACGUGUCGCCUGCUACUGGUUCUGUGAAGGCACUGUCUUCGCUUUCUUGCCGUUAUUUGACUGCAGCAGAUUUCGAGCAUCGGGCCACGUCAGGGGAGCUGACCCUAUCUGAUCUUGCCACUUGUAUCGUGAACUUGUUACCCAAGGACGGCCACAGCAUGGAUAUAUCUGCAAUCCACAUACAACGUCUCACUGAUUGCGUCCUUCUUUUGCCACGCAUAAGCGGUAGCAUCCUUCUUCACAAUCUGUCAAAUUGUGUGCUCGUUGCCGGUUGUCAUCAGUUUCGCAUGCAUUCCUCGACGAAUGCAGACGUUUACCUGUCUGCUGUGUCAAAUCCGAUCAUCGAACAUUGUUCGAACAUCCGAUUUGCAGAAUUCCCUGAUACCCUGAUGCAAAACCCGGAGCCGCAGGUUUGUGGCUCUGCUUUGACAGGAAUCAGUAGAUCAUCAUCAGCAUUAUCAUAUCAACAGGAUAACACAGCAUGGACUGUGCAGGACUUCUCGCACAUACGAUCGACGCCUUCACCAAACUGGAGUGUGUUACCCAAGGAUCACAGACAACAGUGUUGGCCAGUCACACCUCUUGAAGGGCAGAUGCUUUUAGACGAGCUGAAAAGAAUCUUACCUGGAGGGGAUAUAUCACAGAAUUGA